AUGACCAUCGAGAUGGGGGGGAUGGCCAGAGCGGAACCCCCCGCCCGACACACCCCACCUCCCAGGAACCAGCGAGACGGAGCGGAAGCGGCCAGAGCGUCCCCGCGUAACCAUGGAGACAGGGCCCCGCCGGGAGCGGAAGUGACGAGCGGUAAAGGCGCGGUGAGCGCGGCCCAGGGGGCCAUGGCGGACCCCUCGCUGCUCUCGGCCGAGCUGGAGGCGGACGAGGAGGAAGAGGCAGCGCUGCGGCGGCUGCUGCUGCAGGUGACCCCGGACCGUGAGGAGGCCCCGCGCCCCGGCCCCACCCGGGCGGUCACCCCGCAGCCGGGGCUGUGCGUGAAGACCCGCGCGGGGGGGGACAAGGUGUUCGUCAACGUCUGCCACUCGCCCGAGGUGCCGCCGCCGCCCCCCGUGUCCCCCCCGGGCCUGCAGAGGCUCCUGCGGGAGCCCCCCGGCCCCGACGGCGGCUUCAGGAUCCCCAUGAGCCUCGGGGAGCCGCACGCCGAGCUGGACCGAGGAGGCCGUGGCUGCACCGCCUAUGACGUGGUGGUCAACUCGGGCUUCUUCAGGACGCUGCAGGCCGAUCCGCUGUACCUCGAGUUCUUCCUGACCGUGGCCAUGGAGGGGCUGUCGGAGAAGUACGGGGUGGAGCUGGAGCUCACUGGCUGGCGCGUGCUGCGGAACAGGAAAUUCCUGGGCUCCAUCUCGGCCCAAAACAUCCGGGCCCGGCCCCGGCCCCACAUCCAGGAGCUCCCAGGCCCCCCAGAUCCCCCCCAGUUCGUGGUGGUGGCCGAGCCCUCAGCCCAGGAGCCGCAGGUGCUGCAGGCCCGGGUCCACCUGCCCCAGGUGGAGGGGGCGGGGUCUCUCUGGCUGGGGCUGAGCGAGGAGCGGCUGCUGCUGCUCCGCCCGCCGCCGCCGGGGGGCGCUGCGGCCGAGAGCGGCGCGGGUCCGCCCGCCCGCCAGGGGGCGCUGCUGGAGCUGGGGCUGCCCCUGCCCGCCGACCCCGCGCGGUGCCGCGCGCGCUUCCACCGCCGCUCCAAGGUUCUCACCGUGACGAUGCCGCUGCGGGCCUGAGGGACGAGGGACCCCCCGCGGGACCCCCCACCCACCACGGGACCCCCCGAGAGCUCCCAGGAUCGCUCUGGACCCUCCCUGGGAUCGUCCGGGACCCUCCUGAGUCCCCCAGUCUGGGAUCGUCCCGGACUUCCCCUCAGGGACCCCCUUCAGGGGGUCUUUUGGGGCCUCCCCAGGAUGCUCCUGGACCCCCUCAGGACCCUCUUGGACCCCCCACCUCAGGAUCGUCCCGGACUUCACCUCAGGGACCCCCUUCAGGACUCUCUUGGGGUCUCUUUGGGGCCCCCCCGGGCCCCUCCUCCCACCCUCCACAUCCCCCCAAUGCUCCCCUUAAUCCCCCCUGCCCCCCAUCUUUUUUUGUACGAAACCCCCCAAUAAAAGUUAAACCCGCA